GACUGGAGCUCCGUGGGGUCCGAGGGAAACAUCGGCGAGGUCCACGCCACCGCGUCGAGCGCGGUCUCCUCCCGCGCCCCCCUGCGGCUCCAGGACCAGGAGCUGGAGAUACCGGCCGCGGAGCUGACGCUGCAGGAGCGGUUGGGCUCUGGCUGCACGGCCGAGGUCUUCAAGGGUUUCUGGCGUGGCCAGGUGGUCGCCGUGAAGGAGAUCAGGCCUGCGGCCGUCGCGGGGGGCAACAGGGAGAACGUUGCGUUCCAGAGGGAGAUCAGCGUCCUGGUCAUGGCGAAACACCCUAACCUCGUGAGGCUGUCCGGCGUCAUGGUCGCCGCCCCGACGAGGAUCGUCAUGGAGUUCUGCGCGGGGGGCGACCUGUUCCGGCUUCUGCACGUGGACAACAUGGAGCCAGCCUUGCACCAGAAGCUGAAGAUGUGCACCGACGUGGCCAGCGGCAUGGACUACCUCCACAGGAGACGUUCCCGCCUCCCAUCAUACACCGCGACCUGA